GCAGCGGCGGCCCAGCAGGCUCAGAGCGUGGGUCCGCGGCGGCUCGGGGUGCGGCCGCGGGCUGCGGAGCGAGCGGGCGUCCGGGCUCCCCGCGUCCCCCGCCCGCAGCCGCCGCGGUGAUUGGGUGGAAGAUGGCGCCGGGCGGAUGGAAAUCCUAAUGACAGUCUCCAAAUUCGCCUCCAUCUGUACCAUGGGCGCCAAUGCCUCGGCAUUAGAGAAAGAGAUUGGUCCAGAACAGUUUCCAGUCAACGAGCACUACUUUGGAUUAGUCAAUUUUGGGAAUACCUGCUAUUGCAAUUCAGUUCUUCAAGCACUUUAUUUUUGUCGUCCAUUUCGAGAAAAAGUUCUAGCAUACAAGAGUCAGCCUAGAAAAAAGGAGAACCUUCUUACAUGCUUAGCAGACCUCUUCCACAGCAUAGCCACUCAGAAGAAGAAGGUUGGAGUGAUACCACCCAAGAAAUUCAUCACUAGAUUACGAAAAGAAAAUGAGCUUUUUGACAACUACAUGCAACAAGAUGCCCAUGAAUUCUUAAAUUAUCUACUAAAUACAAUUGCUGACAUUUUACAAGAAGAGAGAAAACAGGAGAAGCAAAAUGGCCGCUUACCUAACGGUGAUGUUGACAGUGAAGAUAACAACAGCACACCAGACCCAACGUGGGUCCAUGAGAUUUUUCAGGGAACAUUAACUAAUGAAACCAGAUGUCUUACUUGUGAAACUAUAAGCAGCAAAGAUGAAGAUUUUUUAGACCUUUCUGUUGACGUGGAACAAAACACAUCAAUUACUCACUGCUUAAGAGGUUUUAGCAACACAGAAACUCUGUGCAGUGAAUAUAAAUACUACUGUGAAGAGUGUCGAAGCAAACAGGAAGCACACAAACGGAUGAAAGUUAAGAAACUCCCCAUGAUUCUGGCUUUACACCUGAAAAGAUUUAAGUAUAUGGAUCAACUUCAUCGAUACACAAAACUUUCAUACCGGGUAGUUUUCCCUUUAGAACUCCGUCUGUUUAACACAUCUGGAGAUGCAACCAAUCCUGACAGAAUGUACGACCUUGUUGCUGUUGUGGUUCACUGUGGAAGUGGUCCCAAUCGAGGCCAUUAUAUUGCAAUCGUUAAGAGUCAUGAUUUUUGGUUGUUGUUUGAUGACGACAUUGUAGAAAAAAUAGAUGCACAAGCUAUUGAAGAAUUCUACGGGUUGACAUCAGAUAUCUCAAAAAACUCUGAGUCUGGUUACAUCCUUUUCUAUCAGUCUCGGGACUGAAGGGAGCCGCAAUGAAGAGACACUUUCUGCCUCAUUUCUUCUCUGGUUAUUUCGGAAAAGAUCAAGCACUGAUUUUCAAGAAAAGAGAAAUGCAGGAAGCUCAGGGGGCAGUAGCACACUUUGCACACAGUAAAGCAAAGACUGUGGGUGAACACGCCCUUCCUAUCACGGUAGUUGAAUUUUUUGCUCAGGAAUCAUGCUGUCUGUCAGUUCCAUAUAAGGAAAUGAAAUCAGAGAUGCCAGCUCCUCUUGUAAAGCAGCCUUCCAGCUAUUGACACACAUUUUCUCUUUAUUAAUUGCACCAAGAAUGAUUUGAAUUCCUUGGGAGGGCAGUAGAAGAAUUGGAAUCUGUGCUAAGCUGAUUGAUAAUUUAAGAAGAUGACACUGAACACUCCACAUACAUUGCCUGUGUUCACUCUGUACAGAAGCAUAUUCAGUGAUCUUUUCAAGCAUAAACCAGAAAUACCUUUGGGCCCAACACUUGCAGUUGCCUUCCUGAUGUAAAAAGUGAAUAGAUACCAGAAUCCAGUGUCAGGAAGACAAAGAUGUUUUGCUUCUCUGAAGAAGCUUAUAAUACUAUACAGUAUAUGUAUAUGUAGGGAACAAUUGGUCAAAAUUGGCUUUUUGUUUCCCCAAGGGGAAAGACUGGCUUUGUAAUUAUAAUUUUUUUCCUUAUUUAUUUUACAUAAACUGGUAGAAUCUAAGUAUUAUAUAAAGUACCCACGAUUCUGUCAGCAAAUUUUAGCAUAUUUUUAUUAGUUUGUCAACUUAAGUAGUCCUUUUGUUUGUUUCUAUUUUUAAGGUGAAUUGAAAAUUCUAGCUGAGAUCACUAAGAUAAUCAUGAGAAACUUUGCAAUGAGGGAGGUAAAUACUCUUUUUCAGGAGGAGCUGAUAUCUCUGGCUAAACAUUUGUUGUUUUGUCACAGUUUAUAUGUCAUUUGUUUUAUUAAGCUUUGGGUAAAAUAACUCCCUACUGUUGGAGUAAGAAGUUCCAGUGCAUUGGUGGUCUACCGUUUGUUAGGGUUCCUCAAAUUCUAGUGUUUCCAGUUGAGCUAUGCUUGGGAAAGUCAUGACCUCAAGGUUGUGUUAUUUUUCAAGCGUCUCUUUUUUUCAAUCUUAGAAAGAAGUAAUUGAUUCAACAGACCCUAGCAGCCUGGAUAGUAGCAAAAGCCCUUUGGAGAUUAUACCUUGAAAUAGGCCAGUGAUCUAAAAGAGACCUUUGUCCCUUUUUCAUAUUAUAAAUCUAAUCAGAAGAGUGUUCUGAUUAAGACUUGAUUCUGUUGAGAGUUUUAAGAAAUAAUACAGGUAGUGUAAAAGGUGUGUAAACUAUUGCUCACAUUUUCCAGGCAUCGAGUAAGUGGUCUGACAGUGGCCAAAAGUAACUUGCAGAAGAUAAUUGACAAUUGUAUUAAAAAUAAUAGUCGUCAGGCUGUGGGUAGUUAUCGCACUCUUCAGGCAGUGAUUUAUUGGUGGUGUUAAAUUCCAUAAUUUUCUCUAAAGUUAUUUUUACUAAAACUGUUGACUCUGAAAAACAGCAAAAAGGAAUGUUUUUUGUGCUGCUAUUAUUAACACUUUAAUAUCUGUACCUUUUAGCUCAGGAAUGACUUCAUCUAUUCAUCCCAUAAGCAGAUUUUUAACAGGGUCACUUAGCUAAUUGGGCUGCUUAGACAGAUAUGCUGGGAGAAAGUUAUGAUAUUUUGACAAAUUCAUUUUUACAGUACAGUUUCUGAAGCCUUACUCUGGCUGGUGUUGUUUUGUAUACAGCAGAUAUAUUCUGCCUGACCUACCAACAUUGCACAGAGAAUCACAACCAAGAACGUGGGGAGAGUCAGAGCAGUAGGAGUACUUGCAUUCUGAGGGCUCAAACCAAACAGUCUUGGAAUUUAAAACUGUAUUUUUGCAGCUUCAUGUACAGAGAAAAGAGGUAGAGUGAAGCCUAAUAUCAGCUAGGACAGCAUGCAUAAGGAAGAUAGGGGAAGUGAUUUGCUUAAAGGUACAGCAUUGAAAUACUGUGUUGUGUUUGCUUUUAUAUUUUUUGAAUAAAAAAGUAAGCAGGAAGAGCCUGGUUAAAUUUCGUAUUAUGGCAAGUUGUAGCAUUGGGCCAAGUUCUGUGGGAGUUACACUUUGUUCAUGUCCACACUGUGUUUCAUCGUAUAAUUUACAGGGAAGGAACUGUGGGGUAAUGGUUCUAAAAUCACUCUUUAUUCUUAGUGCAGCUGGAUCUAAGAAAACAUUUUGAAUUUCAUCAGAAGCUCAAUAUACUUUAAAAACAUACAGGGUUAGGGGUGGGGGGGAACACAGGUAUAGUAAGUAAGAAGAGUAACCAGUCUAGGAAGGUGAUCUGUUGGUUGGCUGUGAUUAAAAUGAGGGCAGAUGCAAGUUGUAAAUGAGGCUGAUUGCUAUAUAAUUAUGUACAUGUUUGUUGGGAUAGCUGUCCCAUAUUUUAUAUAUUGGAAUAAAAGUUUCUAUGAAUUAUCAUAACUAAAGGUAAAUAUUCUAAAUGAAGUCCUACUUCUAAGUCACAUGGCUUCUGUCUUGGGAUUUGACCCUGAGAAGGUUGCUUAGGACAGGAGCCAGGAGGCUUCGAAAGGGGAAUGUAGGAGCUCUAACUAUGUGGGCCUUGGUGGCCUCAAGCAUAAGUGUAGGGUUUUUUCCUUGAUGGCAGUGGGAGACCUCAUUUUCCUAACAUACUACUCUUGAUACUUUCUGUAAAGAUACUUUUCAUUAAAGAUUCUCUCAUGAGGUAUUUGGCUAGGAGCUGGGAGGCUAAGGUGCUUGAGUCCUGGCUCUUCAGUGAACUUAACUGUGUGACCUUGGGCAAGUCACCUAACCUCUCUAUGCUUCAGUCUCCCUCUCUUGUAAAAUGGGAGUAAUACCUACCUCACAGGGUUGUUGUGGGGAUUAAUUAGAGAUAAUGUCUGUAAAGCAUUUAAAGUUCUUGAAGAAGGCGCUAUAUAAAUACAAAAUAUCUAUUAAAGUUGGUUUAUUUGUG